AUGCCAGAACAUACAGCAACACUACAAGAAAACACAUCACUUGAAAAUUCUAUGAAAAAGACCAAAUCUUCAAACACCAUUGAGCUUCUUCAGAAAGAAAAGCCUCCAGUUAUUUUACAAUUAGGCAAAGAUGAUAAGUCAUCAACAAAUAACAAUAUCAAAAUCAAUCUCGGUGUAGGAAUCGGAAGUAGACAACGCAAGGAAUCAGCAACAUCAAAGGCAUCUAACGGAAUCAAUAGUACAACUGCUGAUACUCUCCCAAAAUUGAACGAUGGCCAAGAAAAUGUUUUGAGUUAUGCUCAUGCGGCUUCAAACAAUGGAGAUAACCAACCAAGAUCUGUUGGAAUAAUUUCUACAGACAAAAUUCAUCAUGGAAUAUCUCAGAAAAAAGGCCAAAGUAGUGAGGAAGAGGAGAGUGACCAAGAGUAUUGUGAUUCUCAAGAACCUGAUCUUUGUAACGUGUUUGUCAAAUAUUUGCCUCAACAUUUUACUGAUCAAGAUUUAAGAGAGUUGUUCAAACCUUACGGAGAAAUUGUUACUUGCCAUGUGAUGACCGACAAACAAAGAGACAAUGUAUCCUUAGGUUUUGGCUUUGUUAGAUUUUCAUCAGAGUCAGAGGCACAAGCAGCCAUUAACGGAUUAAAUGAAAAACCUAUAGAAAACAAGAGAUUGCUUUGCAAAUUGUCCAACAAAGUUGACAACAAAGAAAAAGACCAACAAAGUAAUCUUUUUAUCAGAAACAUUCCUCCUCAUUACGAUGAAGACAAGCUAAAGAGCGCAUUUGAGGCAUUUGGUCCUAUUACCAAAGUUAAAAUUAUGAGGGACCAAAACACUCAAAAGAGCAAGUGCUACGGCUUUUGCGAAUUUGAAAAAAGAAGCGAUGCACUGACAGCCAUUCAACAAAUGAAUGGAUCUAAGCUCGAAGACGAUUCUUCGAAAGAUAUUCUCCCACUAGUUGUUAAAUUUGCUGACACAGAACAAGAAAAGCAAAAGAGAAAACAAAAAAAGAGACAAACUCAACAUGCACAAGCCCACAUCCCUCCCAAUGCUUUGCUUCACAUGAACCAAGUUGCAAACGCUCUAGCAAAUAAUUCUACUAAUGUCAAUCCAACCAUGUUCUCCUAUCCAAUGUAUCAACAUCCUCAUCAGAUGUUAAUGAAUCCUCCUUCAUCACUUGUUGACAGAAGAAGAAGCUUACCUGAUGAUCAUGAGAUACAAAACACAGAAAUUUCUACUAACCCAUACCAUGCAGACAUGCUUUCUCAUUUCCAUCACAUGGCUUACUUUGGCCAUGUUCCUCCACACAUGCAACAACAUCUUAAUAUGCCUCAUCUACCCCCUUCUGAUCGUAGUGCAGUUGUUGGUAAGCCACUUUCAAAGACUGGAGGAACAGAAUCAAACAACACUGAUAAUCAAAAAAGAGAAAAUCUAUCAGAUGUUAGAACGUCAAAUAAUUACAUGCACCAUGGUUUUGGAAAUAUUCCUUAUUACAACCCUUACUUCAAUCCUUAUACUCUACCUCCUCACCAAUUUUAUCCAUCUACUUUGCCUAUUUAUGAUGAAUCUUUACCACCAAGCAACAAUAAUGAUUCAAGCAACAUCAAUCACGUCAGACGAAAAGCUAUUUCCACACAAACAAAUUUAGAAAAAGCGAAUACAGACGAAAAAGAAGGAAAAUCUGAACCGGCUAACUUGUUCAUAUUCCACCUUCCAGGUGAUGUUGACGAUAACAAGCUUCAUGAUCUCUUUAGCAAAUUUGGAGACAUUGAAUCAGUGAAAGUAAUCAGAGAUAGUAAGACCAAUUUGAGUAAGGGUUAUGGAUUUGUGAAAUACUUUAGCCUUGAAUCAGCAAUUGAAGCAGUGUCUCAAAUGAAUGGCUAUCAGCUUGGAAAGAAGCAUUUGAAGGUUUCAUUCAAAACUGAUGGAAAUGUUUCAUCACAAAAUUCUGCCAACACUUCUGCUAGUAGCAACGGCUCACCAAAUACAUCUAACCCAUCCUCCUAUCCAUCCCAACGAGCUAUUCCUCGUGACAACCACCUUCAAAAACAUCAAAAUUCCACCCUCACAACCACUUCAACUGCUGCUUCCUCAAUACCGUCUUACAGAGAUGUUUCGAAAGCAGCAGUCCUCCUCGACAGCAAUAAGAAACAAACUCCUCCAACACAAACAGUGGCAGCAACCACUUCACCUCAAGUGGUUGAAUUCCCUGCUCUUCCAUCAACCUCUAAAAAACAGCGGUAA